CGUGAACAAUCGCUUACGUGAGCAGAAGUAGUUCUGGUCGUCGUCUAUCAUCUCGCUAUAGCCAUUUGUGGAAGAAGGAGGAAAAUUACCCGAAAUCUAAGAGCUACAUCGAGAUUGCACUGAGCCUCACUUGCCACCGAGAUCCCAACAGCCACCAUGAUGCUGGGCACAGAAGGCAGGGAAGGGUUCGUGGUGAAGGUCAGGGGCCUGCCCUGGUCCUGCUCAGCCGAUGAGGUGAUGCGCUUCUUCUCAGAUUGCAAAAUUCAAAAUGGCACAUCGGGUAUUCGUUUCAUCUACACCAGAGAAGGCCGACCGAGUGGUGAAGCAUUUGUCGAACUUGAGUCGGAAGACGAAGUGAAACUGGCUUUGAAGAAGGACAGAGAAACCAUGGGACACAGAUACGUGGAAGUAUUCAAGUCCAACAGCGUCGAAAUGGAUUGGGUGUUGAAGCAUACCGGGCCGAAUAGCCCUGAUACCGCCAAUGAUGGCUUCGUCCGGCUUAGAGGACUCCCAUUUGGCUGUAGCAAGGAAGAAAUUGUUCAGUUCUUUUCAGGGUUGGAAAUUGUGCCAAAUGGGAUGACACUGCCAGUGGACUUUCAGGGGCGGAGCACAGGGGAGGCCUUUGUGCAGUUUGCUUCGCAGGAGAUAGCUGAAAAGGCCCUAAAGAAACACAAGGAAAGAAUAGGGCACAGGUACAUUGAAAUCUUUAAGAGUAGCCGAGCUGAAGUCCGAACCCACUAUGAUCCUCCUCGCAAGCUCAUGGCUAUGCAGCGGCCAGGUCCCUAUGAUAGGCCAGGGGCCGGCAGAGGGUACAAUAGCAUUGGCAGAGGAGCUGGGUUUGAAAGGAUGAGGCGGGGUGCCUAUGGUGGAGGGUAUGGAGGCUAUGAUGACUAUGGCGGCUAUAAUGAUGGGUAUGGCUUUGGGUCUGAUAGAUUUGGAAGAGACCUCAAUUACUGUUUUUCAGGGAUGUCUGAUCAUAGAUAUGGAGAUGGCGGGUCCAGUUUCCAGAGUACCACAGGGCACUGUGUCCACAUGAGAGGGUUGCCCUACCGAGCCACUGAGAAUGAUAUUUAUAAUUUUUUCUCUCCUCUGAACCCCAUGAGAGUGCACAUUGAGAUCGGACCUGAUGGCCGAGUUACUGGGGAGGCAGAUGUUGAGUUUGCUACUCAUGAAGAUGCUGUGGCAGCUAUGGCAAAAGACAAAGCCAAUAUGCAACACAGAUAUGUGGAGCUUUUCUUGAAUUCCACUGCGGGAACCAGCGGUGGGGCUUAUGAUCACAGCUACGUAGAGCUCUUUUUAAAUUCUACUGCAGGGGCAAGUGGUGGUGCUUAUGGGAGCCAAAUGAUGGGAGGCAUGGGUCUCUCCAACCAGUCUAGCUAUGGGGGUCCUGCUAGCCAGCAGCUGAGUGGCGGGUAUGGAGGCGGCUAUGGUGGUCAAAGCAGUAUGAGCGGCUAUGACCAAGUUCUGCAGGAAAACUCCAGUGACUAUCAGUCCAACCUUGCUUAAGCAGAGAAGGUACACCCAACAACUAUUCACAGAAAUAAAAAGCUGUGCGUGUAUGAGAAUUGAUUGGAACGGGAGGUGGGAUGCCUGGCAUAUCCAGGAUGGUUGGUUAGUGGAAAAUAUUACUGAUCACAUGUGGUCAGCCUCUUUUUUUUUCCUUUCCUUUUUCUCCUUCCUUUUGUAAGAAAAUAAAAUAAAAAAUUAAGGUUAACAGGUUUUGUUUUUUUGCCGCAUUACAGGCUUGCGGUUCAUGCUUACUGUGAGUGGAAGUGGGGAUUGUUUUCAAACUUCAAGCUCGGUCAUUUGGAGCACCGAAGCAUUCUCAUCUAGGAUGUCAUAACAAAAGUUCAGUAUUGACCAUAACUGUUAAAACAAUUUUCAGCUUUCCUAAAGUUAGUUAUGUUGUAGGAGUGUAUCUAAGCAGUAAGCGUAUUUAGGUUAAAGCAGUUUCACUUAUGUUAAAUGUUGCUCUUAUACCACAAUACAUUGAAGAAGAAAAAAGAAAAACAACACAAAAAACUUUGGAUGCAUGUUGAGAAACAUGCCUUUCUGUAUAAUUCAAAUAUAGGAGCUGUGUCUACGAUUCAAAGUGAAAACAUUUGGCAUGUUUGUUAAUUCUAGCUUUUUGGUUUACUAUCCUGUAAGGCACGUGAGUGUACACUUUUACUUUGUUCUUUUUCAAGAUCUGGGACAAUUUCGAGAUGUACUACCAAUGCUUUAGGAGUUUGGUCUUGUUGUUUGUAUGAAAAUCUGAAACUUUGAUUUAAAUCUUUUCCCUGUAUUGUGAUUUCCAUUUAGAUGUAUUGUACUAAGUGAAACUUGUUAAAUAAAUCUUCCUUUUAAAAACUGGAAAAAUGA